AUGUUCAGGGAGCUGUAUUUAACAGUCAUUUUUGGAGCAAUUUGCUUGGCUAUGCCUAUGUUUGAUUCACUUUCAAUGAAAGAUAACAACGAAUUGCGGAACAUUCGAGUGAAACGCUAUGGUUUUCUUGGUGGUUACAACUCCUAUCUAAAUAAUUCGCCCUACACAUACAAAUUCAAAACUCCAUUUUUCAAGGUAAAAAUUAAAAGUGGAGGCUACCAAAACGAUUUCCUCGGUCAUCAACCAUACGGGUUCGGCGGCACUGGCGGUUUUCAUCCUUCAUAUGGUAGCAAUGCUUUCCAUCCGCCACUUAACUUACCUUAUGGAUAUCACUACAAUCCCUAUGGAUAUGGAUGGUACGGAUAG